AUGGAAAUAGGGACAUCAAACAGUGAAGGAGCUGGCAAAGUCAGCCUCUUGAAGAAAGUGCCAGCACUAAAGGAUGGAGACUUCACCCUAGCAGAAUGCACUGCCAUUCUGCUGUACCUGAGUCGAAAGUACAACACUCCCGACCACUGGUACCCAUCUGACAUACAAAAACGGGCCCAGGUAGAUGAAUACCUCUCAUGGCAUCAUGCUAACAUCCGGGCUAAUGCUCCUAAGACCAUGUGGAUCAAGGUGCUGAUUCCCCUCUUCACAGGGCAGCCAUUGCCCUCCGAGAAGCUCCAGGAGGUUAUGGAGGGACUGUCCACUUCCCUGAAACAAUUUGAGGAGCGGUUUCUGCAGGACAAGGCUUUUAUCAUUGGGAGCGAGAUCUCUCUGGCAGAUCUUGUGGCCAUUGUGGAGCUGAUGCAACCUGUUGGAGUUGGUUGCGACAUCUUUGAAGACAGACCAAGGCUGAUGGAGUGGCGCAGGCGGGUGGAGGAUGCUGUGGGGAAAGAGCUUUUCUUCCAAGCCCAUGAGAUGAUCCUCAAUAUCAAAGAACUGAGCAACAUUCAAAUUGAUCCACAGCUGAAAGAGCAUCUGGCACCUAUGUUGAUGAAAAUGUUGAAAUGAAUUAACAUAUCUUACCAUUUUCCUGCCCCCUUUUUUUUUAACUACUUCUUUGACCUCCAGUUCUACACAUAACUGGAAAGAGCACUGUAAUUCUAACACAGAAAUUGCAGUGUUUCCCCCCCACCAGGCCUUUCCUGUAUCUUUGGCGGUGGAAGCAGGGGAAGGUUUAAGACCUGAAACAUUAAACUUAUACAAAAGGCCGAGGCCCUACAGGUCACUUAGUGUGCAUCUGAGUUUUAUUUCAGUGUCAGUCUUCUUGGAGAUGGUAGGGACAUGAAUGGUAUUUCCUGGCAAAAUUUGAGCCAGCCUGCAAACUGGGAACAUUAGAGAACUGUAUAGAUGAGCAUUUUUUUCCUGUGGUUUUAACAUUUGCAGCUCCCUCUCAAGUGGCAAGAACUGCAAAGCGUGCCCGAUCCUCACCUUCCCAGCACGUGUCUGCACAGACAAGUACAGCACAAAACUGCAGGCAGUCACAAAUGUGAAAAAAGACACUGAUUUUUUUUUUUUAAUUUUUAUUUUGAAGUUUCUUAUUGCUGAGGCAUCUUGCUUGGCUGUCCAUGUACGUUCCACACUCCUAUUUGCCGUUAGGUUCCUGUGAGAAGUUUCUUCACGUUCAUCUACAACUGUGAAUCUUCGUAAUUCUUCAGUUUAAUCACUGCUCUUCAUUUCUGAAAGCCUGGGUUUCAUUGGUGCUUGGUCUGCCAGUAGUCAUGUGGCAAGGGCUUGGAGGUCUGUGCAUAAAGACCAAGCAACUUCAAAAAACUGAGGGUGGCCACAGCCUUCGAAUAACUACCUAAAGUACUUGGUUGCUAUUAUAUAGGGACUACACUGAAAGAAUGCAUGCACAGUGAUUGCUUGAAAUAUGACAGCAAUCAGUUUGGUUUUUUCUGCUGUAAUAGCAAUCCACAUUUCUCCUAGAAAAUGCAGAGGGGGAAUAAAUCUAGACGUGCUCUCCUGAGACUGUUUUGGAUGGAAGUUCACCAAGUAAGUCACCCUGUGCAGCUGAAGUAAUAGGAGAGAUUUGGUGGCAU